AUGGGUGAGCCUGUGUAUUCAUGGAUGAGUUGCAGGACCUCUCGCUGUGUGGGGGUCAUUGAGGGCUCCCCAGAACCCAUCAAAGCCUCGGGUCUACUGAGGGGUGGCAGCACAGGCAUCGGGGGCUUUGCCAGGGUCACAGCCCUGGACAGCCACUUCCCACAGCCACAUGGCUCUGGCCGGGGUCAGAUUCUGCAGCAUGGCAGUUCACUCCCGUCCACAGGCAAUAGCACGAAGCUGGCCUCGCCACCGCAAAUCUCCCGAGUGAACGGCUGUUCACCGCCUAGGAACGCCUUCCAGAUAGUGUCCUGGACCGUCUUCCUGACCCUGUCCUUGGCCAUCUUUGGGAUCUUCAUUCCCUUCCUAUCUCACGUGUGGAAAUACAUUGCCUACGUGGUGGCCGGGGGGAUUUUCUUUUUCCACCUCAUCUUUCACCUGAUCGCCUGCUGCAUCGACCCGGCUGACCCCAACGUGCGACUCAAGAAGGAUUAUUCUCAGCCCAUGCCCAUCUUCGACAGAUCCAAACACGCACACGUGAUCCAGAACCAUUACUGCCACCUGUGCAAGGUCACCGUGACCAAGAAAGCCAAGCACUGCAUCGCCUGCAACAAGUGUGUGUCAGGCUUUGACCACCACUGCAAAUUGCUCAACAACUGCGUGGGGAGCCGGAACUACUGGUUCUUCUUCAGCACCGUGGCCUCGGCCGUAGCUGGCCUGCUCUGCGUGAUCGCCAUCCUGCUGUACGUCCUCAUCCAGUACAUCCUGAACCCCUGGGUGCUCCGCACAGACCCCAAGUAUGCAGAUGUCAGGAGUGCAAACACGUGGCUGCUGUUCCUCCCGCUGUUCCCGGUGAAGGUGACGACUCAGAUGGUCGUGGUCAUCGGGGCAGCCGUGUUCCUGCUGGACCUGCUUGGCUUGCUCCUGCUAGGGCAGCUGCUCCUGUUCCACAUCUACCUGAAGGUCAAGAAGAUGACCACCCUUGAUUAUCUCACUCAGACCCAUGAAGAGGAAGAGAGGUCAAAAUGCCAAGCAGAGAGGAAAGGUCCAUCCGUGCAAAUGGGGGAAGGAUUUCUCCAGCAAAGAGAAGGAGACGGGGCCCCAGGCUCUUCCGCACAGGGGUAA